GGCUGACGGGGAGAGGCACCGCGGCCAAACGUCAAAACGGGCCCUGCGCGCCCGUUGAUGUGCAAUCGUCUCCCUCCCUUUUUUGCAAGCUUCUGAAUGGUAUAAUAUACUGGGCAUUGCCUGGCGUAGAGACCUGAACGCUUGUGGAUCCUUUCUCAAGCCCCGCGGUUUGGCGCGCAGUUCUGCCCGUGCCCGCUUGUGACAUCAGCAUGGAGAGCGCGCCAACGACUGCCUUGAUGGCAGAGGUACCAGCUACCUCCACACACCGUCGUCAGCGGCAUCGUGAAACUGAAAAGGAACGACGCCAGCGGCACAACUCGGCCUUUGCGCGGCUCCGGAAAGCGCUUAAUCUGCCGCCCCGCACCGAUCAGGCCACCGUUCUCGAGCUGGCUUGGCAACGCAUCCAACAACCACAAGCACAGCGAGACGAUGGUGCCAACAACAUGCUGCGCAAGGGGCACGCCCUUGGCUCCCCAAGCACGGAGCGCCGUUGCUCCUCGCCCUGUUCCAUCACCUCAGCCUGCUCCAGCUCGCCGAGCACGCUCGAAGAGGAUGCCGCCCACGUUGAGGCGGCCCUUGGCUCGUCAACGGCAUUUAGAAAGACAACUGCAUUCAUGGUGCCCCCAUCUUUGGGUGGUGGUCGCCCUUGUCUGGCUUGCGGGCAACUCCCCCACGCUCUCGAGCAGCAGCAGGAGCAGGCCACCAAGACCGUCGCCGCGCUGAGCUUGCGCGUGUCCCAGCUUGAGAUGGAGCGACAGGAGUUUGUGACACGGGUUGCUGACCUUGAGCGACAGCUGACCACAACCUCAACGACAUUGUCCACAGCCGCCAACCUCUUGACAACGUCCGACACAGCCACAGCCACAUCCAGUGGUGUAGAUGUUCAUCACAACAUGGGCUCAGUGUCACGCGGUUCGGAUGUUUCGGGCAUCGGGAGUGGCUGGCCUUCUUUUCAGACGGGAGCAGCUCGAGGGCACCUAUACGCUGGACCCUCUUCGACCUCAACGAUGACAGAGACCACACCCUUGCUCUGGCCCGAGCUCGGUGCCCCCGAUGCCCGGGACAACAGUUGGCUGACCCUUGAUGACAGUGACUUGACGCCAGUGACGACCACGCUUGACGGAAAUGCCUGGCUCCCGGAAAGUCAGGUCGCAAAUACCGCUGUGCAUGACACGUUGCGGCUGGUUGAUGAGACGCUGCCGUCAGCCUCAUUCAACAGGCAAUCACACCUCCAAGCCCAGCCUCAAACGCGACUACAGCCGCAAGCGCAGCCACAGCAGAAUGCUACAUCAGACUCUUCAAUACCGCACGAUACCGCAUCUGCAUCAUCUUCUUGUGGCCCUAUCCGAGCCUUUUCCCGAAAUCCCACUCUGUUGGAAACACCGUUCCUGUCUGACUCGACCAUGAUGGCCAUUGUGGACGAGCACUUUCAAAUGAUUUACUGCAACACGACCACCUUCCAGCAUAUUCAGGCGAAGACCUUGACUGAAGGCAUGCGCUUCAUUCAGGUGCGCGGGUUUGUGGUGGACUUUGACCUGUGCCAGGACAUCUUUGACUCGCUCAUGUAUGGUGGGCAAACCACGGCCACGGCCAUUGGCAAAAUCCGCACCAUGGCGGGGGCUCUGGUCUGGCAUCGCUGUACCAUGAGUGUCCUCCAGUGUCGGCAUCCUCACACGGGUUGGGAUGCCAAGGCCAUGAUGAUUAUGGCUGAAAUCGUGCCGCCCCCCGUCCACAAGCGUUCUUUUCGCAUGACAUGA